UGGUCACGUGACAAACAAGGAAGUACACUUUGUAAGAGCAGUUCCUGCAACAUGCGUCUACUAAACUACAAACCAUGGCGGAGUGCGUGAAUUUUAUUUGUUUCGCUUUUUUGUGGUUGGUUUUCGGACUUUUCUCGGGACUUUCUUCCGAAAAAGAACAGCGAGUGGAGCUGAGCUUGAACGGAAAAUGGAGGUUGUCAAACUCCAACGGGUCGCUGUCUCUUCCUGCAGAGGUCCCCGGCUGUGUUCAUUCAGCUCUGCAGCAGAAGGGACAAAUCCAGGACCCAUAUUUCAGGUUUAACGAUGUGUCAUAUCGGUGGAUUGCGCUUGACAACUGGACAUACACAAACAUAUUUACUGUGUCAGCACAGCUGAGGGACAAACAGAAGGUGCUUCUUGUUUUUGAUGGUGUGGACACUGUCGCUUCCAUCUCACUAAACGGGAUCAAAGUUGGGAAGACAGACAACAUGUUUCGUAGAUAUGAUUUCUCAGUUAGAGACCUGCUGAAAAAUGAUGAUAAUGUUGUGGAGGUGAGUUUCCUUUCUCCAGUUCUUUACGCCUCUGAGCGGAGGAAAGCUCAUGCAUCCUACAGAGUUCCUCCUGAGUGUCCUCCAGAUGUCCAGAAGGGGGAAUGCCAUGUCAAUUUUAUUAGAAAAGAGCAGAGCUCUUUUAGUUGGGACUGGGGGCCGUCGUUCCCCACUGUGGGCCUGUGGAAAGGCGUUCGACUGGAGGCGUUUGAUGUGCUGCAGCUUAUCCAGCUUUCCUCUCUACCUUUGUACAACUCCAGCUGCUCUCAGUGGAGGCUGCAGGUCGAACUUCUCGUUGAUGCUGUUCAGACAACAAACAGUCAGGUCAGGCUCUCCAUACCUGAGCUGGACUCGGAGCAAACCUUCCAGACGCAAUUUGUCAAGGGAAAAAACAAGUACAGCUUCAUCUUAUGUAUCAACAAGAGCAGCCAGGUGAAGCUUUGGUGGCCAAGUGGAUACGGUGACCAGCCGUAUUACCACCUCACUGUCAGAGGAUUUCAGGAUGGAUUUUUAAUCCUGAACACUGAAUCCAAGGUGUUUUUUCGCACUGUAGAACUUAUCCAGAAGCCAAUAUCUGGAUCUCCUGGCUUAAGCUUCUAUUUCCAGAUCAAUGGGCAACCAGUUUUUAUUAAAGGCUCCAACUGGAUCCCAGCACACUCCUUCCAGGACCAGGUCACCCCUGCUGUCUUGAAGAACUUGCUGCAGUCAGCCGUGGAUGCUAACAUGAACGCCCUCAGGGUUUGGGGAGGAGGAGUGUAUGAACAGGAUCUGUUCUACAACCUUUGCGAUGAGAUGGGAAUCAUGGUCUGGCAGGACUUCAUGUUUGCCUGUGCCAUGUACCCCACUGAGGACGACUUUAUAAACACAGUAAGAGAAGAGGUCAUCCAACAGGUUCAGCGCCUGAAGUCCCACCCUUCUAUCAUAAUUUGGAGCGGGAACAAUGAAAAUGAAGCAGCCCUGGCAACGGACUGGUUCAACAUUCCACCUUCCCAGAAACCUGCUUACGUAAAAGACUAUGUGACGCUUUAUGUGAACAACAUAAUGAUGAUUGUGCAAGAGGAGGACCGGAGUCGUCCGUUUCUUGUCUCCAGUCCAACAAAUGGAGCGGAAUCGGAGCAGGAAGGAUGGGUGGCAGCGAACCCCUAUGACCCUCACUAUGGAGACGUUCACUUCUACAGCUACAUCCAGGAUUGCUGGGACUGGAGGACUUUCCCUCGGACCCGUUUUGCCUCAGAAUAUGGCUUCCAAUCCUGGCCUUCCUUUUCCACUCUACAGCCGGUUUCCAUUAAAGAAGACUGGAGCUAUGAAAGUAAUUUCACUUCGCAUCGUCAACAUCAUGAGGACGGAAACCAGCAGAUGUUGCUGCAGGCUGCGCUACACUUCAACCUGCCAAACUCAACGGAUCCCCUGAAAAGAUUUACAGACACACUCUACAUCACUCAGGUCAUGCAGGCCCAGUGUGUGAAGACUCAGACGGAGUUUUAUCGGCGAUGUCGGAGUGAAAUCGUCGAGGGUAAAGGUCAGACCAUGGGUGCUCUCUACUGGCAGCUCAAUGACAUCUGGCAGGCACCAUCCUGGUCAUCACUUGAGUUUGGUGGGAAGUGGAAGAUGCUGCAUUAUUUUGCACGGAGCUUCUUUGCUGCCGUUCUUCCAGUGGGCUUUGAAGAUAAUGACACGCUGUUCAUCUACGCCAUCUCAGACCUGAGUCAUGACUUGAAGCUUAGAGCUGUGGUGACCGUGUACUCCUGGACUGAUCUGGAUUCGGUUUGCACACUGACGUCGGACCUGCUGCAGGUUCCUGGAGGCAGUGCUGUGACCAUUUUCAAGCAGCCCACUGCGGCUCUCCUGGCAGGGUGUGGACGCUGCACCCGCCUCACCUGCCUGCUGACGUUCCACCUGGAGGACCACAGCGGCAGCCAGCAGGGCCCCACCAACCACCACUUCCCCUGCUCACCCAAAGACGCUCAGGGGCUCCAGAAACCCAACAUCACAGCGAAGGUGCAGGGCGAUAAAACCGGGCUCACAGUCACGCUCCAGUCCGCAGCCGUGGCUCCUUUUGUCUGGCUCGAUGCCGGAAACAUCCCAGGGCAUUUUGCCUCCAACGGAUUUCUGAUGAUUUCAAGAAACAAGACCGUCAGCUUUAACGCGUGGCGUCCUACCAGCGUCGCAGAGCUCUCCAGAUCCCUCACCGUCACAUCUUUAACAGAUGUAUACUGAUCCAGGACCAGCCAGCUUCCAGGCGGAGUUAAAACAAAGUUUUGGCUGCUAAAUGUUUGUCUCAAAGUGUCUUUGUUUUGGUGGUUGUAAGAUAUUUGAAUGUCUAAAAGAUUUUUUAAUGUACUUUUUUGUAAAACACAAGAUCUGUCAUGAUUACCUGAAAUUUUCCUCCAACAGCUUCCAAACAAAGUAAAGUAUGUUAGAUGGAUUUGUUGCUGUAGAAAUCAAGGAGUUCCACUGUAUUUAAUCUCCAGAAAGGCAGUUUUAAUGUCCAUGCAGCAUUAGCUUAAUUAAAAAUCAUCAAAGCACUGAAAAGUGCAAAUACAACCUCCCUGCAGUUUGAUAUGAAUAAAAAUACAGAUAGAAAUGAAGUAAAACUAAAUUAUUGUCUAAUUUCAUACAGUCCAGCUUUAGCCUUGAAGCUGAUCUGAACUUCUCUCCCAGUCUAAUCGUUUUUUUGCUGCUGCAUAGAGACUCUGUAAUCUCAACUGGGUUUGAUCCAAGACAUGAUUAUGCACUUUAAAAAUAUGAUCUUUUUGCCUGUUUUGCACAAACUUAUUUAAGUCUGUAGUGCUUGACAUGUUGAAUGUGCCAUAUCACAGAAAUCUUAUCUGUUUGUAGAGCUGACAUUUUUCCUUAAAUAAAGCCUUAAAAUUCUCAUA